GGAGUGCCGCGGAUUGGUCGCGGUUGCGAGCUCGCUGGUGUGGAGCGAGCCGGGUCCCCGAGCCGGCGGCCUGAGGGAUGGACGAGACGAGCCCGCUAGUGUCCCCCGAGCGGGCCCAACCCCCAGAGUACACUUUCCCGUCGGGCUCGGGAGCUCACUUUCCGCAGGUACCGGGGGGCGCGGUCCGCGUGGUGGCGGCCGGCUGUAUCCCGUCACCGCCGUGCUCGCCCGGCCACGACCGGGAGCGGCAGCCUCUGCUGGACCGGGCCCGGGGCGCGGCGGCGCAGGGCCAGAACCACACGGUGGCGGCGCAGGCCCAGGCCCUGGCCGCUCAGGCGGCCGCGGCGGCGCACGCUGUUCAGACCCACCGCGAGCGGAACGACUUCCCGGACGACCCUGAGUUCGAGGUGGUGGUACGGCAGGCCGAGGUGGCCAUCGAGUGCUGCAUCUAUCCCGAGCGUAUCUACCAGGGCUCCAGCGGCAGCUACUUCGUCAAGGACUCUCAGGGGGUGAGCGCGGGGGCGCGGGCUUCUAAAAUCAGACAGUUUAUUUCUACUAACUUUAUGUUUCUAUUGGCAGACCGAGGCAACGACAACUGGCUGAUUAAAUAUGACUGCCCAAUGGAUAGUUCUAGCUGCCGGGAAACAGAUUGGGUGGUAGUCAAGGAGCCUGUUAUCAAGGUGGCUGCCAUAGACAAUGGGCUAGCUUUCCCACUGAAGCAUCCUGACUCCUGGAGGGCAUAUCCUUUUUACUGGGCCUGGCUGCCCCAGGCGAAAGUCCCAUUCUCUCAGGAGAUUAAAGAUUUGAUCCUUCCAAAGAUUUCAGAUCCUAACUUCGUCAAGGACUUGGAGGAGGACCUAUAUGAACUCUUCAAGAGAGAUCCUGGUUUCGACAGGGGCCAGUUCCAUAGACAGAUCGCUGUCAUGAGGGGCCAGAUCCUAAAUUUGACCCAGGCUCUAAAAGACAAUAAGAGUCCCCUUCACCUCGUCCAGAUGCCACCUGUGAUUGUUGAGACAGCCCGUUCCCAUCAGCGGUCUGCAAGCGAAUCCUACACACAGAGCUUUCAGAGUCGGAAGCCUUUCUUUUCAUGGUGGUAGCCCUAGAGGCCAGCAGAAGAUUAAUCCUGCAGGUGACAGGCUGGGAGCAAGCCUGGAGAGAAGCUGGUACACGGCAGAGCCUUUGAGGGCUCUUCCUCUUUGCUUGACACCUCCCUCAGGGCUUUCCCACCCACAGGGAGAAGCACAGUCAGGGACAAGAGUACUCCUGGACCCUUCAGAGUGUUGGGGAGGCUGGCAUCCAGGCAAGGUGGCAGGUGGCUGAGGAGGAGCAACUCCCUCCCAGUAUCUGGUGGCAGGUUGGGAAAGCCCCAUCUCCCUGACAGCCCUCUCCAUCCCAGCUCCCUAUUAUAUUCUGCAUCAGAAAGAAACAAACUUAAAUGCUUGUAGGAAACCAGAUUAGAUACUUGAGUCAGAAGCCCUUAAUCUAGACCUAAGUUUGCUUAGACACGCUCUGAUGCCUAGCUGUUGUUUACCCCCAUGAACUGAGCUGUGUCAGAGGCCCGUCGAGGGUCCUCAGACAGAAGCCACACCUUCCUUUCUGUUUUUGCCAAAUUGAUCCUCCCCUUGCCACACUGGUACUGGCUUCUUGUGGCAGUGAGCAGGCUUUUGCUCUGUAUCUGCCAGAGGCUCUGCACACAAUCUUUCUGUUCUCUGCCCUGCUGUUGCUUGCCUAGCACUCAGCUGAAGUGAGAGAGGGCUAGCCUUGGCAGUUCUGUUCUGCCAAGCGGAUGUGUAGCAUGUAGAGGUGAUUGACUUAGCCUAAGUGCAUGCUGGGUGCUAGGAGUGUUCCAUGGGGAGCCUGGCACAGCCUCACUCCUGGGUCCUUCCUUAGUCUCCAUCCUUUUCUACCUGGUUUCUGUUGUUUUCACUAUUUUUUCCAACUUUUAACUGAGGAGUUCAGCUUGUGUUCUGGAGUGGCUCUUGGUAGGGGUUGUGGGUCAGUCAGGUCAUGAGUGGCAGGACAUUUGUCCUUGUUCUUCCUGUUAUCACUGCUGCAUGGAAAGCAACAGGACCUGUGUUCUGUCUCCUAACCAGCAGUGCCCCAGGGCUCCUUGCCUUCUUGUCCUGGGCUGCUUUCUCCUCAGCUUCCCGAAGAGAGGCCUUCAAACAGUUCCCCAGUGCCUGCCCAGCUCACCGUGCAUCUUCCUGCUUCCAUGUGUCCUCUCCCUUGCCAGGUGUUUGAGCCCUUUCUACACCAAAGCAAAGAAUUGGCUUCAGGAGGGGUCAAAAGGGGCCACCUGUGGCUGAGGCAGCAGAGUUCAGACCCUGUGAUGUGGACCCCUGAGGGUUCUCACAUUCUACAAUUGGUCAGGCAGCCUUGGAAAGAAAUUGUCUUGAAGGCUUGAAAAAAACCAAAGAAAGGGAAUGAGGACCACAGCUGUGUGUCUUGUCUGCCUGCCUGGCUCCCACCAUCCAGGAGCAGAGCAGAGGCACUCAGCUCUCCCAUCAGCUGGAGCAGGCUGCUCCCCAUCCGGUCCAAUCUAGGAGCCAGCUUGCUAUCGGCUUCCACUCAGCCAACAUGAAUCUCUGAGCACUGGAUAUGCAUGCCCUGUGGACCAAGGCACCAUUGUUUGCCCCAUCCUGACAAUCCCAUCCAGCCCACUUAGACUCUGGCCUCAGAACCAUGUUUGGGAGAAUUCCUGCCUCCUGAUCACAGGAGCCUGCAGGGGUCCAGGUACGUGACAUUCUUCACAGACAUCUUCACACCAGCCUGUUGGUGAGACUCCCCACUGGGGUACUGGAAGCAGCCCAGGUGCCUGGAGAGAACCUGGUGCCCUACCAGGCUCUUGUGCACUGGCCUACUCCAGAUCAGCUCUGCCAUCAGGAGGAAAUUGGGUCCAAUGUAAGAGGGAGCCAGUGCCAGGCCUGAUGGGCAAGGGUGCAGGCGUCCUUCCCUGCCUCUCUCGCUUGAAGCCUGUACUCAGGUUGUCUUGAAUGUGGACUUUGGGAGUGCCAAGAGCCCAGAGUGUCAGGUACUUUCAGAACAGCGGCCUCUGCCAGCCUUAGGCUGUCCCCCAUGUCUAGGAGUGGAAGCUGGCUGGUGAGCGCCGCCCCGUUCUUCUAAUGCACUGUAGAAAUUGUAUGUAUUGUAUUUAAAUCAAUGCAAAUGUAUGAAUAACAAAUCCAAUUCUGA